GGUUCGGUGGUUGUCCCCCGGGUCGGUGUGAGGGGCGAGCCCUGCUUCUUAGGGUUCCCAAACGAGAGGGUCCUGGUCGGAGGCAGCGGGGUGCCUGGCAGGCAGAGCCCAGGGAGGAGGCAGCCUCCGGAGAGGGCGGGCAGCCGGGCUGAGGGAGACCUCCGCGCUCCUGGGGAAUGCAGCUAGAGGAGGUACCUCACGGCGGGUCGGGGCGCUGAGAGAGGGAAGCCACCCUGCUGCAGGGACGGAAUUAAAAAUCCUUUAAAAUAAAAGCCUACAAGAGGUUGUACAAAGCGGGAAGGAGAGACGGCUUUCCUGCCGGACUGCCUUGGGAAGUAUGGAGCUUACAUUAGUGAGCAUGGAAAGUACAUGUUCUGAAAAAUUUUUUUCUGCAACGUCAGAUGAAACUGAAUGCUACCUAUACCCAAAGAGAAUUAAAAUAGAAAGUAAUCAAAAAAACAUAGAGAAAGAGGAGCAGCAAAAGCUAGAGCAAAGCACACAUUGUGUGAACAGAUACCAGACAUCACCACAUGAACCUGUAUGUUUAUCAGAAAGGCAGAACAACUGGGCAUUACAGAAGCAAAGUUGUGACACAAGAAAAACUUGUACGAGAAAUUUUGUCCAUUUUCAAACUUGUAAUAAUGAAAUACUGCCAUGUAGUGUAUCAGAAAAUAAGCUGUCCUUCAAAAAAUGCAGUUCUGAAAAUGAAAACCAGAGUACUACAGAAGAUGGCAUUUCAUUGAAUGUGCGUGGACAGCCUCUCAAAAUAGAGUCACUCAGUGUAUGGAGUGAUGCCAACACUUGUAAAAGCCUGCAGGUACUAAAUCCACCCCAAGUGCAGCGGAACAGCAAUGUAGGACAAAACAAUACAAGAAAGAGUGAAAAUGAAUUCAAACAAAAUUCUUCAGUUACACCCUUAAACAGAGACUCAUUUCAGAUGGAAUUGUUAAAUCAUAAGUCUGUCUUCGAUAAAAAGUGGAAACAAUACCAGCUCCUGCAAAUUCCAUUUUUAUGUGGUACCAGUUCUGUGUUUUCACACAUAGAACAUGAGAAGAAUAAUUUUCUGGAAAAAGUGUGUUCUAUAGAAGAUAAAUAUUACUGCAGUAGUGAUAAUGAAAUCACUGCAGAAAGAGAGAGUAAAGAAAAAAAUCUUUCCUCAUACUCCAUUCCAACAUUAAAACCCUUUAAAAGUAUACAACCACUGGAAAUCCCCAGUUUUCAACUUCCUUGCAUUUCAAGUAAAACAAAUAGUGAAACAAUAUCAACUCUCUUAAAGGAGACAGACUGGAAGAAUUUUCAAGCCCAACCAUCUUUGGUACAGUCUAAACAGAUACACAGUGUACAAAAAAUAUCUGAAAUAGAGAAACAAGAACUGAAAAAUUAUAAAAGUACUGUAAAAGCUUCAACUGUUGGUUCUGAACUUGGGGAAAAUAAUUUCCCACCAAUUAGCAAACAAGAGCACAGUGCUUUGGCAGAAGGAGGAAGAGUCUCUGUAACUUACUUCAGAGGCGAUGGCACUAAUAUUGAAUUUAAUCAGACACUUGCUGAAAAUGAAUUCAAAGAUCAACUGCUGGAGAAUUCAGAAGGUGAUGAUGACCAGAAGUCAAAGAUUCACAUUUACAUUAGUGCUAGAAAUGUUCAGAAUAAGAAAUGUGUUAGCAGUAAUGAUCUUUUGAAAAGAACAGGGAGGAAGAGCAUUAAUGAGAAUGCGGGAACAUUUCAUCAUAUACAGACAAGUAUUCCAGUAAUAACAGAAGUGUUAGAGAAAAGUAAGUUGGAUAUAGACUGUGAUGGGCAUAAGUCCAACACUGAUGUUAGUUUCUAUGAAGCAAAAUCACAACUCUCUACAAAAGACAUACUUUAUUUCAAAAGAUACUCAACUAAAACUAUGAUAUUUGAAAGGAAUUGUUGUCGCACUAUUGCACAGAAUUUUCCAGUUAUGAAAGUGAGUUGCAAUAUAUUUAGGGGAAAGGAAAUGUUAAAAUUGAAGCUUUCAUUUCAAAACAUGUUGUUUGGAUGGGUCAGGACUUGGCCUGAAUCUCCAUACAAAGAUAUGCCCAUGUGUCAGGAUUACAGUGUUACACCUGGGUUUCAUUUUCAUGAAAUAUUAAACAAGCACUGUGAUGCUCAAAAGUUAGUAAAGAGCAAUAUAAAUAGGAACCUCAACAAUAAAAUACUCAUUUGUUUGCUGGCUAUUAUUUCAAAGCAUUUUAAGGUUGAAGCAAUUCUUGCUUCCUUUCUUAGUAGCAGAAAUACACUAGAAGAAAAGUCCAUGCAAGUGGAGAAACAGCCUUUAUGUGAGAGAAAACAAAAUCAGUUAAACUCAUGCACAGAUAAUGCUUUGAUGGAAAACACAGAAUUUUAUAAAAAAAAAGAAACUUAUCCAGGCUUUUUAAAUUCCAAAUCCAUGGAAAGCAUUGGUUUUGCCUUUCAUAAUGAAUGCCAGAGAAGACAUUUUUCUACAUCUUUAGGUGAACAAGAGUCUACCAUCCUAAAACGAGGAACCCUCUUUCAUGACCAAAAAAGUGGAUUGUAUAAGAGAAGACAUGUCAGAAAGCACCACCUCUUACCCAGGGAGAGUGAAAGGCUUAGUACCUAUUUGAGGUCAGUCAGUCACAAAAAUGGUAUGAAAAAGCAAAUUUUAGUUGCUAAAUGUGUAAUCUUGUUGAAGGGUGCUUUUGAUUGUUCUUCACUGGACAAGAUGUAUUGCUGCAAUAUCACAAAAGUACAACAUCUGAUAGGAGCAAAUCUUGGAUUUUGGAGCUACUUUCCUGCCCAUUCAGAACUAAAAUUCACAAAGGUAAAUCGUAGCUGUGCAAAUUGGGAAAUACCAGUAAAGCAGGAGAAGAAACCAAGUGAAGUGUUUAAUACUUCUUUUCAUAGGAAAGUAUUUAAACCUUUCGCUUUUGCUCUAUGUGAAACUAAGAAACAUGAAACAAUUGAAUACAGAACCAUCAUGACAUCUACAAAUGAGGUCACAGAUGAAGUCAUGUAUACUAUGAAAAAAUACUUGGACACUUCUGGUUAUAUAAAUACUGACAGAAAAGAAUAUAUUAAGUCAGAAGAAUUGCAAAUAAAUUAUCAUAAUUUUCUUUCAAAAAAAUCUUUCUCUGUUUUUGACACAUAUGAAAAAAUUCCCCUUACAACUGAUUCUGAGGAGUUUGACCAGUUUGUAGUUGUAAACCAUGACAAUUCUGCCAAAAAAGGGUUAUUUGAAGAAAAUCCAGUCACCAGUUCAGAAAAGGUUCAUAAUUUGCCGGCUAAAUUAGAUGAUGUUUUAAUUCUACCUGAGCAGUCAAAACCAGCCAUGGAAAAAUGUAAUUCUUUCUUGUUACAAGAUAACCAACCUGAAUCUUGCAAGCAAAUAGAUACAUAUAGUCCACAUUUAACAAACAAAGAAGAAAAAGUAGAAAACCAAAAUACUUACUUAAAUUUUGAAAAAUUAUUUCCUAGUUCCUCAAAUGUUUAUCUGUCUGUCACUUUGCCAUUAGACAGCAGCUGUUUUGUCAAUAAUGACAGAGUAGUAAGUGAAGAUGGACACUGCAGGAAUUCCUCAAGUGCAGACAAACGAAAACAAAGUGAAAAAAAUCCUGCUGCUACUCAAUAUCCAACCAUAGAAAGUCCUGCCAUGGCAGAUACACACUUGCCAUUACUGGCUAAAGAAAUGGUGCAGUUUUCCUUGCAAGGGUAUACACAGACAAAGGAAACAGCCAGUUCAGAGCCAGCAACUUUGGAACAACAUCCUGAAUAUGUAAAAGAACAGGAAAAGAUAAAUGAUGAACAAAUGCAUGUAACUAAUGAAAGUCAAUGUGAGACUGUAAUGAAUGACUUGAUUAUUUCAUAUUCAGAAGAUGAAGCUAAAACAUUCAUUGCUGCAGAAGAGAAAUUAGAAAUGCAUUUAUCCGUAAUAAACAAUGGAUCUCUUGAAGAUGUAAAAGAUCAGUAUUUACCUUUAGAAAAUAAAAUAACAUAUGAAUUUGAACUGAAGAGAAAAUUUGAUUUAGUGCUAGAAGAGCUACGUAUGUUUCAUGAAAUUAGCAAGGGAAAUGAAAACACUUUAUCUAGUUUGGAAACAAACUCACACAACAAUUAUUGUGAAUUAAAUAAUUCUGAGGGGAUAGAUGAAAAAGUGACAAGUGUUUCUCCUACAAUCUGUGGUGCUAUAGAAGGGCAAAACAUAACUGACAGUAAUGGAAGCUCAUUAAAUGAAAAGAUGUCAAAUGAAAAUGAAGAUCAGAAAACAUCUGAGGAAUGUUGUAUUUCAACAGUGUCAUCUGAAGAAUUGCUACAUUCACCUGCUGCAGAAGGCUAUUAUGAUACAGCUUAUAGAAAGCCAUACACAUGGGACCCUGCUUUUUUAUCCUGCAUGCAUCUUAAGGACCAAACCUGUAAUUUACAGAAAGAGGGAGGAUACUUUCUGUCACAUGAAGUUAUAAGAGUACAGCCUCUUAAAACACGCAAGGGCCCUAUCAGGAUUGGACUGUCAAGAAAAGCUAGGCCCAAACAGCAGCUUCAUCCUUAUCUGAAAUGAUACCGAAUUCUUUUACCAGCCUUCAAAUAGAACCAGUCUGCUUGAAAACAUCUGAAAUGCUUUUAUGUUCAGUGUUUUGGUUGAUGGUUUGAUCUUUGUGGUUUAUGGUAUUUUUAGACAUUAAUAUCACAGUGUUUGCUAGUGAUUUAUUUAAGAAUACUCCUGUGAAUACUUGAUAGCAAAGGGAUUUAUAGUGAAUGUUUACUAGUAGAAGUUUUAAUGGAAAUAUGAAACCCUUUUAAAGUUUAUGUAUUAUUAAUAAAAUCUGACAUGUAUUUUUCAUCUAUUAAAAUAUACAGUUGAAA